UCUCCUAAGUCAAUUAUUAUUAUUUCAAUAUACAUUUACAAUUAUAUCUCUUUGAAUACUUUUUCUAAUAUAUUGUUGAAAUUUUUUGUUUAAAAAAUGGCUUCGAAAAUACAUGCAUUCGAAUCAAACUUUGUUACAUUGUCAAGAUUCGUUUUGGCCGAACAAAGAAAGAUUCCUACUGCUACUGGAGACCUGACGCAACUAUUAAACUGCAUACAGACGGCCGUGAAAGCUGUCAGCUCGGCUGUUAGGAAAGCAGGCAUUUCUAACUUAUACGGCAUAGCCGGGCAGCAGAACGUCCAAGGAGAAGAAGUGAAGAAACUGGACGUUUUCAGCAAUGAAUUGUUCGUAAACAUGUUAACAUCGUCUUACUCGACUAAGUAUUUAAUCAGCGAGGAAAACGAGGAGAUAAUCGAAAUCGAAACGGAGAAACAAGGGAAAUACAUUGUCUGCUUCGACCCUCUGGACGGCUCGUCGAACAUCGACUGCCUCGUAUCCGUCGGCUCGAUUUUUGGCAUUUAUAAAAAGAAUGAACCAAAUGAAUUGCUGAUUGGGAGGAACUUAGUUGCAGCUGGCUACGCGCUUUAUGGGUCGGCUACUAUGAUUGUUUUAUCAAUCGGAAGCGGCGUGAACGGUUUCACGUAUGAUCCGGCGAUCGGAGAAUUUAUUUUAACUGAGAGGAAUAUGAGAGUACCGGACAGAGGCGAGAUUUAUAGUAUUAACGAAGGGAACGAGGGCAGCUGGGACACGUCGAUCAAAGAAUACAUUAAAUCGAAGAAGUAUCCGAAAACUGGAAGUGCGAAACCUUACAGCAGUAGAUACGUGGGUUCGAUGGUUGCAGACGUCCACAGGACGAUAAAGUACGGAGGAAUAUUCCUAUAUCCAGCGACCAAGAGUCACCCGACAGGGAAACUCCGACUAUUAUACGAGUGCGUGCCGAUGGCUUACAUUGUGAAAGAAGCCGGGGGACUGGCGUCGAACGGGGAAAUUGACAUUUUGGACGUCCGGUCAGAAAAGAUACAUCAAAGGUCGCCAAUCUUCAUAGGUUCUAAAGAGGAUGUCCAAGAACUAUUGCAGUUCAUUAAAAAGUAUAAAACCACUACGUAAAUUAACUGUGAAUACGUCGAAUCCCGUGUUAACGGAAAAUGAAAAAAAAUGACGUUGAAUAAAUGAACGUUGCUUUUUGUAAAUGAA